GAUCACUAAGCAUCCACUAAGUUUUCAGUUUCCUUACGGUUAACAACAAACUAGCAAUAUCAACAUGAAAUUCGUCAUUGUUUUCGUCGCCCUUUUCGGUUUGGCUUUGGCCGCCCCAGCUGCUCAAGAAGCUUCCAUCGUCCGCUCAGACAGCAAUGUCGGUGCUGAAGGAUACCAAUUCGCUGUUGAAACCAGUGAUGGCAAAUCCCACUCCGAAGAAGGCCAAUUGAAGAACAUUGGUGCUGAAGAUGAAGCUAUUGUUGUUCGUGGACAAUACCAAUACAUCGGAGAUGAUGGUGUCACCUACUCUGUCAGCUACAUCGCCGAUGAGAACGGUUUCCAACCCCAAGGUGCUCAUUUGCCAGUUGCUUAAGUUGACCUUAUCCAGUCAAUUUAAAAAAAUCCACCUACCUAUCUUAAUAAUUAUAUUGAUCCUACCUACCUAUGUUUAUAUCCUACAUCCUCUUCCCCCAAAAACAAAAAUAACAACAAAAAACCGUUGAUAAACAAAAAAAUAUUGUUAACUAGUUUAAGAAAGAAUACAGAAAUCAUUUAAAAAAUCAAA